CUUAUUUAUUUCCUCCAUUUCUCUGUCCCAGACUCCCAGUAUUUGCCCGCGCUGGCUGCCUAAAACCCUAAACCCUAACAGAAUCUUCGACCGUAUCCAAUGGCCACCGCCGCGUUGCUCAGGUCUCUUCGUCGCCGCGACCUUGCUAACUCUUCACUGUCUGCCUACAAAACGUUCACUGCAAAUUCCAAGUCGCCAUGGGCAUCAUCACUCAGUGCUCCUAGAUGGACUGGUCUGGCUAGACCAUUUAGCACAAGAUCAUCUGGACAUCAUAUUAUUGGUAUUGAUUUGGGUACAACAAACUCAUGUGUUGCUGUCAUGGAGGGAAAGACUCCAAAAGUGAUUGAAAAUUCUGAAGGCUCUCGGACCACCCCUUCUGUGGUAGCUUUUAACCAGAAAGGAGAAUUACUUGUUGGUACACCGGCCAAACGUCAGGCUGUCACAAAUCCAACAAACACUGUCUUUGGGACCAAACGCCUGAUUGGCAGGCGCUAUGAUGAUCCCCAGACAGAAAAGGAAAUGAAAAUGGUUCCUUACAAAAUUGUGAAGGCCCCUAAUGGAGAUGCUUGGGUUGAAGCAAAUCAACAAAAAUAUUCUCCUAGUCAAAUUGGAGCCUUUGUUCUGACAAAGAUGAAGGAAACUGCUGAGGCUUACCUGGGGAAGCCUGUAUCAGAAGCUGUGAUCACUGUUCCAGCUUAUUUUAAUGAUGCUCAGAGACAGGCAACUAAGGAUGCUGGGCGAAUUGCUGGCCUCAAUGUAUCAAGGAUUAUUAAUGAGCCUACUGCUGCUGCACUUUCUUAUGGGAUGAAUAAUAAAGAAGGUCUUGUUGCAGUUUUUGAUCUCGGUGGUGGAACUUUUGAUGUUUCCAUUUUGGAAAUUUCAAAUGGUGUUUUUGAGGUAAAAGCAACUAAUGGUGACACCUUUUUAGGAGGGGAGGACUUUGACAAUGCUUUGUUGGAUUUUUUGGUGAAUGAGUUUAAAAGAACUGAUAACAUUGAUCUUACAAAGGACAGACUUGCCCUGCAGAGGCUUCGUGAGGCAGCAGAGAAAGCUAAGAUAGAGCUUUCAUCAACCACUCAAACUGAAAUUAAUUUGCCAUUUAUCACUGCUGAUGCAUCUGGAGCAAAGCAUCUAAAUAUCACAUUAACUAGGUCAAAAUUUGAGGCUCUGGUGAACAAUUUGAUUGAGAGGACUAAGAAUCCUUGCAAGAACUGUUUGAAGGACGCAGGAAUAUCUACCAAUGAGGUGGAUGAGGUCCUCCUUGUUGGUGGCAUGACCCGUGUUCCGAAGGUGCAAGAGGUGGUUGCUCAGAUCUUUGGCAAGAGCCCAAGCAAAGGGGUGAAUCCUGAUGAGGCAGUGGCAAUGGGAGCUGCACUCCAAGGUGGUAUUCUAGGCGGUGAAGUGACAGAUUUGCUUCUUCUGGAUGUCACUCCCUUGUCCCUUGGUAUCGAGACACUGGGAGGUAUCUUCACUAGAUUGAUUAAUCGGAAUACUACCAUUCCUACCAAGAAAAGCCAGGUGUUCUCCACAGCUGCUGACAACCAAACUCAGGUUGGCAUUAAAGUACUGCAAGGCGAACGCCAGAUGGCAUCCGACAAUAAACUCCUAGGCGAAUUCGAUCUCGUGGGAAUUCCUCCCUCACCAAGAGGCAUGCCCCAAAUAGAAGUUACAUUUGACAUUGAUGCCAACGGUAUCGUCACAGUCUCGGCUAAGGAUAAGGCCACCAACAAAGAGCAGCAGAUAACUAUCAAGUCAUCUGGUGGCCUUUCAGAAUCUGACAUUGAGAGAAUGGUGCAGGAAGCUGAGCUGCAUUCCCAGAAAGAUCAAGAAAAGAAGGCUUUAAUUGACAUUAAGAACAAUGCAGACACUACUAUUUACAGUAUAGAGAAGAGUGUAGCUGAAUAUAAAGACAAAGUUCCCAAGGAAGUUACUUCUGAAAUCGAAUCAGCUGUGUCGGACCUGAGAAACGCCAUGGCCGGAGAUAACAUUGAUGAUAUCAAAUCGAAGAUUGAUGCAGCAAACAAAGCUGUUUCUAAGAUUGGUCAGCACAUGUCUGGUAGUGGUGGUGGUGCUUCUGAAGGCAGUGAGCAGCCCCCUGAGGCCGAGUAUGAAGAAGUCAAGAAGUAGAUACAUACGAGAACAUUUUUGCAUAGGGAAAGCAAUUUUAUUACGAGUUUGAUCUAAUUCUUGUUACUCUUUGUUUUGCCCAUUCUUGCAUUAUUAUAAUUCUUGUAGCAGUAUUGGCAUUUUUCCUUUCCAUCUUUAUUGUACUACAAGACUAGAAGUAUCAAUAACUUACAUAUAAGUUAUAAAUAAAUACAGAUCGGAACGGUAUAUUGCCUUAUUA